GUGCAGAGCAAACUUCUGCUUCUGCAGAUGCUGGCUGCACUUCUCCUUUGCACCUCCAAGAGACGGCGCAAUCACCGGGAACAGGGACAUCUCAGAAAGGCAUCCCAAGGGUGGAGCAGGAGCCAGCGAGGCUCAGGACUUGCCCAGCAUUUGCCCACAUGGCCCAGCUUUAUGCUGAUCUGAGGUUUGCCAAAGUGAUGGGAGGCCGGAGCAUGGCCAGCCAGGCGCUGGAGGCAGCCUUUGGCAUGAACGAGGCAGAGAGCCCCUUCGAGAACAUGCAGCCAGCACUGGCAGGGCAGGAUGAGGAUGGAGCAGAGCCCAACCUAGGGUGCUGGUCCCGUCGGUGGUGCAUCCCUGUGGGUCUGCUGGUGACUUGCCUGCUGCUGGUGGCCACUGUGGCCCUGGGGGCUUGCUACUGGCAGGUCACCCGCAGCCUGCAGGACUCCUCCCGUGAGCACAUGGCCGAGCAGGGCCGCCUGUCACAGGAGCUGAGGGUGCAGGAGCAGAGCCUGGAGCACACACAGCUGGAGCUGGCACGGGCCAGAGAAGAGCUGCAGCGAGCGUGGCACGAGGGCAACAUCAGCCAGCUGCAGCUGGACAGACUGAACAUGGAGCUACGUCGCGUCACGGGGGUCCUGAGCAGGACAGAGAGGGAGGUGCAGGAUGUGCAGGGGAGGCUCAACAACAGCGAGAGCACCGUGGCCCUCCUGCGCUCCUGCACAGCUAUAGAUUGCUGUCCUUCUGGCUGGCUGCUGUACAGGGGCAAGUGCCUCUUCAUCUCCUCGGAGAAGAAGACAUGGGAAGACAGCAGAGAUGAGUGUGAGAAGACAUAUUCUCAGCUCCUGGUCACCAAAUCCUGGAGUCGUUGGACUGUGCCGACCUUCCUGAAGAAUGCAGAUGUCCCAUACUGGAUUGGGUUGCAGAAGGGCAGUUUUCCUUGGUAUGACUAUGGCUGGCUGGAGGAAGAGGACCCAGAGGGUGAGGGGGCCUCAGAGGCCUGGUUCUGGGUGGACGGCUCCCUUUAUGAAAGGCCGUGGCAGUCAAAAUCAAAUGGAACCUGUGCCAUAAUAAGCCGUGGGAGCAUCAAACCUGCCCAGUGCACUGGUCCCAGUGACCUGCACCUCUGGAUCUGUGAGAAGGCAGCAGGGCCAAGCCUCCCUUUCAAGUGAUGGUGGCUGCUGGCCCCAGCACUGCUGUGCACCUGCAUCUUGCACUGCCUCUGCUCCACCCUUGCUGCGCCCAGGAUGUCCCAUCCAUUCCAGACAACCACUUCCCUCCCACAGCCCACUGCUCCUGGGCCACCCAGGUCCUUCCUCCCAGGUCCUGAUGCCCCGUGGCCCUUUGCCUCCAGGUGAUGUGCUUUGGCUGAGUGGUAGAGGCUCCACAGCCGACCCCACACCCGCAUGGGACACUUUGGGUCUUGUGAGCACAACGGCUGCUGAGCAGCGGGGAGCUCGAAACUGGCUGCUGAGUGGAUCAAGCACUGAUAGUGUUGGAGCCAUGCCACAUCUCCAGCUGGAGAGAGCUGCGGUGCUGGCAUGUCAGGAGCAGGAGCUGGGGAUAGCACAGCCCCACCCCUACACAGUCCCCUCCCCACAGCAGGAAUUUUCCGCCUGACCCCACCGCAGGAGCAGCUUGACCACGGCUUUUCACCCAGCACUCAACGGCCUCGGCAAAGCCUCAGCACCUAAGGAGGGAAGCUGAGCCCGAACUGGCUGGUGCCUGUGCUGACAUUUGGGGAUUUUUUUUUUUUUUUUUUUUUGCGCUAAUUAGAAAGUAGAACAAUGACCUUUAGGGUUCCAUGGUGUGAUUGCACCUUUCAAAAGUAAAAGUUAACUCACGCACUUGUAGCAGGCUGACGCUUUGCAAGACAACUCAUCGGGGCUUUAAAUAGCUGCUACACACGUGCACAUGUGAAGAUUAAGCAAAGCAGCCCUGAUGUAACACUGCAGCCAGGUGAGAGCACAGGAAGUUAUGUUCAACCAGGCGAAAACGCUCUUGGUUUAUGAUAAGGUUGUGUGUGCCAUAUAUAGUUGAUGAACUGCUGUGUGAGUAAGCUUGCAUGAAGAGCAAAAGGGUGUUAACGGCAGGCUUUUAGGAGGAGGCAUGUGUUCCUCGUCUGUCUUGUCUGCUGGCUAGACUCACUUGAUAGCAAUAAAGAGACACAGUUUGUCUGCUCUUUGUUUUCUUGUACACCACAGCAAACACGGACUCAAGGGCAUGAACCCAAAGAACCUAAAUAAUGAAAGGGAAUUUGUCUGAAGCCAUCUCAAUCAAGAUGGGUGCUUUAGGGGAAUUGAAAUAAUGGGCUGAGCCAGGUUGGUUUGCAGUCCUGGAGGAGUCCCCCAGAAUGCCCAGGCAAGACUGUGCAACCUUCUGGGCCCACAUCUGAUGUGCAUCCAAGAGACAGAACUAGCAGUCUGAGUUGCUGGGACAUUCAGUUUUUAAUGAACACUUUAAAUAAGCUGGGUAUAUAUUACUAGCAAUUAUUAUUAAUAAUAAUAAAAAACACAAAGAAUUCUGCAUUCACCAGUGCAUUGUGCAGGAGGGAGGAAAGCCGGUUCCCACCCUUGCCAGGGGGCCAGGCAGCCUAACUGUGCUGCCCACUGGCCCCAUCCCCAUGAUGCCAGGAUGGCAUCCUGGCCCCUCUGCCAGCAUCCUUCUCCCAAACCUGCGUGCCAGGGAGAUGUGAGGCACUGUUCUGACUCAGCACCCAAUUCUCAGCAUCGGUCAGGUAGGGACAACCCCAGUGCUGGCAAUCCUCCCCGUGCACUGCCCAUAGGCAUUGCCCCUCUACGGUCCCCUGCCCUCUUCUCCCCAUGUCAGGGACUGGUGUGCUCCCCACGCUUGUGGACACACAUGGGUUCACCCACCAGCCCCCCAGGAUCCCCAAAAACACACAUACGCACGCUGACCUCUCUACCCCAGCCCAGGCCCUCUCACCCCCCUGGGUGCAAGGAACUCCCAGUUCUCCCAAGGUAGCAGGCUCAUUAUAUGCCCCUUUGCAAGAUCCCGCAGAAGGGUGAGCCCUUGGGAAACGGGGAUUCUGGAUCCAGGGCUUGAGCCCCGUGGCCCCCGCGGGGGACCAGCCCUGCCGCUUGGGGCAGUGCUCAGGGCAGCAGUGUUAUUGCACUUUGGUCCCCAGCAGAGACCCAGCCCACCUCCAGGGUUCCCUGCAGAUCCCCAAGGCUGAUCCUGGUGCGGUGGGUGCCUGAGUGCCUGGGU